AUGCCCCCAGCAGACAACCCCGCCACCUCCGCAGAGGAGACCCGCCGCCUGCAAGCAACCUUCCAGGACAGGCCCCUCUCCGCGCACGGCGCCCAGUGGGACAGCCUCUGGACAGCGUCGUACACGCCAUGGGACCGCGGUGGCCCGAGCGCGGCACUAGACGACCUGCUCGCCGAGAGGGGGUCUGAUCUCUUCUUCCAGGGGGCUGGCGAGGAGAAGACGACGGAGAAGAAGAGGAGGAGGGCCAGGGCCCUCGUCCCCGGCUGCGGGCGCGGCUACGACGCCCUCCUGCUCGCGGCGUACGGCUUCGACGUCGUCGGGCUGGACUACUCUGCCGCGGCGACGCGGGAGGCGGCCGGGGUGGAGGCCAGUGUGGGCGCCGAGGAGGCGUACCGGCCGCGCGGGGAGGAGGGGGAGAAGGGGACCGUCACUUGGCUGACGGGGGACUUCUUCGGCGACGAGUUUCUGGGCAAGGCUGGGACGGAAAGCUUCGAUCUCAUUUUCGACUAUACGUUCCUCUGCGCCCUCCCGCUAGAAGCCCGGCCCAAAUGGGCCAAACGGAUGUCCCAGCUCCUUGCCCGCGACGGCGGAAGGCUGGUGUGUCUAGAGUGGCCGCUCCACAAACCCGCAUCCAGCGGCGGGCCCCCGUGGGGCCUGACUGCCGAGGUGUAUGUAGCCCAUCUCUCGAGGCCGGGCGAGGAAGUUCCCUACGGGCAGGACGGACGGCCGGUGGAGGACGACGCGGGUCAGCCGGCGGCGGACGGACUCAAGAGACUUGUCCGUGUCCAGCCUCGGCGGACGCACCGCGCGGGCUAUGACAGGGAGGGUAACAUCAUCGACUUCAUCUCCGUCUGGAGCCAUUGA